AUGAAACGCCUUGUGGAAGGCGAUAAGCAAGUUGAGGCGGACGUGAAGCGGAUUACUGCAUCUGAGGUGGUACUCCCGAAGACUGCCCAAGAGCUUGCCCACUGCAUCAUCCACACAGCAUAUCUAGCAUCGAAGAACUCGGGAGGGGCCACUCGCGACCUAGCCCAGAGGAUCGCUGAUCAGGUCGGCAGCUACCACAAGUUUGUGAUGAUUGACAAGGUCUGUGAUGCUGUUGAGGAGGCCUUUACCGACUAUGUCAUUACUGAUGAGGAAGGAAAGGUCGACGAGGGGCUCAUUCCGAAGUAUCUCUCACAGGGAGGUACUCGGACCACUGAUCUGGCAUUGCAGAAUAUCCAAGCUCGAAGUCGGAUGGUAAUGUCGUUUAUGCUGGCACAGCUCCUUCCACACGCUAGGAGGCGUGGGGGGUAUUUACUUGUGCUUUCCACUG